UACUUUCUGGUCAUGUGUUUUCUGCAUUCCUUUCAAACAGCUCUCAGCAAUCAUUUUUGGGUGAAGAUGAGGAUGUGAGUGACGGUGGAGGGAGAGAGAGAGGCCUGGAUUACUGAUAGUCAUAAGCUGGUUUGAGAUUUCCUGUCGUUCCAGGAAGAGAUUGGAUUGAGAUUUGCACUGGAAUGCUGUGAGGCAAGACGCCUCAGUCAGAGUUGUUUCUAUGGCAGAUAUUCAUUUCAAAUACCAAUUCCGUCUCAUUCUAAUUGGUGACAGCACUGUUGGAAAAUCAUCGCUGCUCAGGCAGUUCACAGAGAAUCGGUUUCUUGAGUAUAACGACCCAACGGUUGGUGUGGAUUUCCACGCUCGAGUCGUUGAAAUUGAUGGACAUGCCAUAAAGCUUCAGCUCUGGGACACAGCUGGCCAGGAAAGGUUUCGUUCUAUAACCAGAUCUUAUUAUCGAAAUGCUGCUGGUGGUCUGCUUGUGUAUGAUAUAACGAGUAGAGAAUCGUUCUUGCACAUACGUGACUGGCUACAGGAAGCAAGACAAUGUGCUGAGCCACAUCAGAUACAAUUUGUGCUUGUUGGUCACAAAACAGACCAAGAGGCUGGCCGUGUGGUAUCAACACAGGAGGGAGUGGAGUUUGCCAGUCGCCAUGAGUUGGGAUUCAUAGAAACAUCUGCAAAGUCAUCGUCUAAUGUGGAAGAAGCGUUCUCUAUGAUAGCUAUGCGUCUUUAUGAACUCGUUCAGAGUGGUCAGUUGGUGCCGGAAGAUGGAUGGGAUGGAGUCAAACUAGGUAUGGAGCAGGAGGUACGAACGCAAGCACUGCGAAAUCCUCAUGCAAACAAGCAGAGAGCAGGAGCAGUUGAGAGUGAUAGUAAGUGCUGUGGAUAGGCACUAGCAUGGCCGAAAACUGACCGCCUGUUGUGCCAUCGUCGUUCUUGCUCGUAACUUCUGCCACCGCUGUACAGUUCAUAUGGGCUCUUGUUCAUUAGUAAGUCUGCUCCUGUUAUAGCUUUUUUUUAUUCAAAUAGUGGUGUGCUCUCUCUCUCUCAGCUUGCAGGCACUUGCAAUGCUGUGUACAGUCAAGGAACGUUGGCACUGUUGCCGCUGCUGCUGCUGCUGCUUCUCUGUCUGGUGUGUCAGGUAGUCCCAUUUUCCGUUAGUCAUUGCAAGUAGUAGUCUUUUCGCACGGUCAGCUGUGACCGCAGGUUUGUCUUUUGCUUUCCUCUCUCCAAUCCUUCUUAUACCUCAUCAGAUUGUACGACUUGUUCAAAUUUCGUUGGAAAAUAUUCUGGACCCAAUGGGAAUUCCCGCCCAGUUCUGAAGUUUGUCGGGAUUAUGUUUUUAAACAGAUGUUAUGACUCAUCCUGGUCAUGUUCACUGGCUCAAUUCUAGAUUGAUUUAUCAUGAAUUCAUGAUCAUUAUUAUUCCAUUAGCUGCACACAGUGCAUGAACUCAUUCAAAUGCUUUGCUUCAAUGAUCAAACAUGCCAGAACUAUAGCUGCCCUGUGCUGUUCUGCUGAAUAUCAAAUUCCUCUUAACCUAUUUUCCCUAUCGUCUCUGCUGGAGAGCUGCUGCAGUCACAAUUAUCCUCAAAGGAUGUCCGAAAAACCAA